GAGAUCCAGGAAAGAGGAAAGUUCAACUCCUACAACGCAGACUGAGCUACACAGAGGUCGACAGAAAGCAAGAUGUGAUAGGUGGCUCAUUAAUGAACCUGUCCUCACAGCCUUCCUACCGGGCUUGUAUCCACCGUGAGGUGCCUCUGAGGUCCGCUAGUUCUGUUGUGUUUUUGGACAAGUCACUUUCCAUUUCCCUUGUGGAACUAGAGGGAGGAAGAGCAGGUCAAACUGCUUUGUACAGGUCUACCUUGUCUGUUCGCCUUGGUGUCUCAUCCGGUUGCAGAUCCUCUACAGACAACAAAUCAGCCAAAACAAAUGAGGGUUCCAGGAGACCCAGAGCAGCCAUGUUGGGCUGUAACAAACGCAAUGGCCGAGAGAGCGGUUUGGGUCACUGCAGAGGCCCUCUAUCAAAGCAGCGGGGGCGUAAGGUCGAGCAAACAGCACCCGCUCAUGGUAUUAACAACAAGGCUGAUGAUUCAGAUGUGCAGCACCACAGCUCUACUUUGGGAUUAUUGUCAUUCACAGGGCCAAGCCCCUCAAACACAAAGGCUGGCAGGCAGAAGGGGAAUGCAGAUGAGGCAGCCUUCCCUUCCCAGAGCAAUUUCAGGCACAGGCAGCACACUUUCAAUAUUGGCCCAGUGGACUCCAGAACAUGGGACAAGCGGACAGUGUACUGACAACGCAGGAGAACAACAAGAACAUGGCUGUUCCAUAGAACCUCAGAAAGUCUCUGCUUUGGAUGACACCUGUUAUUAUCAUUCCCAGCUGAAGGCUGACUCUCUGGGAGGUGCACCUCAGACU